AUGAAUUGUCCGAGAUUACUACACUGGAUAAAAGCUCCUACUCAUGUUGUCAGAUUAUAUCACUCACGAAAACAUAAAGAAUUGUUUUUAAUCGGCGUUCCAUUUGCUGGCGGUCAGGCAAGUACUGAACAAGUCAAAAUACCUUAGAUAAUUUGAUGAAUUAAUAAUGCGCGUGUUUACGUAAUGUGUGCCUUUCGACGAAGCAGUAAAUUUUCUACGGUACGCUCUGUUUAUCAAUUUACUACGCUAAUCCUAGUUUGUAAAAAUCUUUGUUAGCUGCCAAAAGUGUUGAUAUUACUGAGACGAGCAGAGGAGGUCACGAGCCUUCGCACCUGUCAGGAUGAAAAGAGAACCUUCAAAAUCACGUGCACGCUUCACGUGCGAUGUGGUGUGCCAUGCUUGGACAUCACAAGAUCACCCAAAUUCCUGUUUACAAGGACAAAAACCGUUAGAUAGCAAUAUCAAAACAAAAAUAUUUCGAUGGUAUUACAGGGACUAGUAGAAUAUUGAAAGUAUUUAAUUUGGAACAUUUUGAAGGUUUGUGAGAGGCUAGGUCUGAACGUUCUGAUCAGGUGAGCUUCUUACUUCUCUUCAGAUCCCUUCCUUCCAACAAACUCACACUUCUUGGCUAACAAGAUUUUCAAGAUUUUGUGGGAUAAAGGAAAACGGCACUUAUUUGUUACUGCUGCCUUUUAUUAUGACUUUUGUGUUGUUGUUGUUUUGUUUUUUUUUUCAGCCCUCGAGUCUGUCAUUAAUUAAAAUUUGGAUUAGUCCUUUUUCGAAUGACAAAAUUUUGAAAGGUCAACAACAGGUCACUUUAAGGUCCCUCUUGAAAUAGGGCCAGGACACUUUUUUGUCUUAUUGGCAUCUAUUUUCUGUAACAUGGUGACUUGUGUAUUUCCUGUAUUUUAUACUUGUUGACUUUUGAAAGGAUAUUAUUUUGUUAAAUCAGGUCAUUAACAACCUUAAAAGUUUCAUUAUUUAAAAAAAUAUGUUACAUUUGUUUCCUAAUAGCCAAGGAAAGGUCUUGAAAAAGGACCUGCUUCCUUACGACAGCAUGGGUUGGUGAACAACAUUACCAAACUAGGUACGUAUAGUCUUUCAGAAUCAAUUCAUUGAUUCUGCAAUUGUUUCCUUUUAUGACAUAAUUAAUCAUCACAUUAUUCAAUAGUGAGAAAAGUUUUUAAAAUGAAAUCAAUGGAAGCUAAAUUGUGCCAGAAAACAUGUUUUCAGAAAUUCUUUCGAACUUGUUAAAAAAAAAUAAAUACCAAAACACCUCUGUACCAAUAUACAUGUAUUAUUAUCAAAGUGUAGGACGGUAAACAGUCUAAAUGACUAUAGGGUGUAAAAUCGAUAUAUCCCUCAAUGGUAUUUCAGUCUUUGAGUAUUUCAUAAAGUCCUCCACAGCAGAUUGAGAAAAAUAACAGUUUUUGAUAAUGAUUAUUUUAGUGACAUGUUACCUCAACACUGUUUUAGUCAACAUUUUUUGGGAUAAUUUUCUUAUUUUAACAGGAUUUACAGUAUCAGAUUUUGGAGAAUUAGAAGUCCCACUGACUGAUACAGAAAAUCAUAAUUACAUUACAAGUGGCACUACUUUAAAAAAUUCCCUGGAAUGUGGCACUGUAGCACACAAGGUAAGCCAGAAAAUUUGCCAAUUCUUUACUUCACCUUUGCAUGAUAAAAAAUUAAUUUUGAAAUAAUUCACAGAAAGAUGUUGGUCUCCAAGGCCAGACCUUUCGUAGGGACGAGCUGAGUCAAACUUCUAUUUCCCGUCUAAUGAGGCUCAAGGAAGCUUUAAAAAGUCCUCUGUAAGGGAAGUUACAGAUAUUUUCAGAUCUAUUUUAAACAGUUUUUACUAUAAAAGUGAGAAGAAUUCACACUGAUUUCUGUCAACCGUCAGUUGAUUUACUUGAACCGUGUAAUUGAUUGUUGAGGGUUAUGUCUUCUUGUUUGUAGCUUUCGGAAGAAGUAGCAAAAGCCACAAAACAAGGAAAGAUCUCACUUACAAUUGGAGGAGAUCACAGGUAAAUAUACCUUGCGAGCAGAGGUUUCUCUCUUGCAUGGCUUUUAGCGUUUGCGAAGUCAUUCAGACACGUGUCUUGUCUGCCGUGUAGUUGGUUUGUUUAUGCCCCAAGGGGCUUGUAGUUAGGGUAAGGUAACUACUGUACAUCUGUAUUGGAGUGGAUCAUGGGAAUUAAGCUUUUAGCCUUCAGUUACCCCCUUUCCAGUCUGUGUCAAAUUUUGCUAUUAAAGAUCUUUUUUUUUUUUGCAUCACCGAGCAGUGACAUUAAGCCUUUGACCUGAAACAACCCAUGAUAUUGUUUAAAAAGAAAAGGGGAGAACUUUACCCCAGUGUCAGUCAAACUUCCAAUUUGCUGAAAUUGUCAAAUGUAGGAAAUUUCCCUGGAGGUGAUGUCUUUGCUUGACCAUUACUGAGUCAUGCAAGGUCAAGCAAAGACAUCUGACCUCUAGGUUUUGUCAUUUUGUUGUUUACAGUAUCGCAGUUGGUACAGUUUACGGCCAUGCAACUGUAAGAAAAAAUUCAUGCCUGUUGUGGGUGAGUAUUUUCGUAAUGUACAGAAAGCCGCCAGCGGUGUAAAUAUUUAAGAUAGAGGUGUUGAAUUUGACAGCAAAGGUAUUGGGACAAAGAGUAAUUUUUAUUGAAGCCUACCACUUAGUCCUCCAUACUUAGAUUAACCUCAUGCAUUUCUUUAAAUUUGUGCAUCUCAUGCACCUCCUAUAUGCAUUUGCCAAUUGCACAUCUCCGAUAUAUUACACCUUUACACAGUGCAUAUUAUGUACAUUUAAUUUCUCCUGGGUAUUACAGUGGUCCCUAGAGAAAUUGAAGACAAUCCCUAUGCAACUUUUUUGGGGGAAGGGGGAGGGUGGUACAAACAAGGUGUAUUGUGGGAGAUAUUUUCAUAAGUGGUGAAUGUACGGGGACUGCUGUAUAUGUUUCAAAGUAUUAACUAAUACUUGGCUAAUCCUUAAUAUGUCUCCAAUUUUUUUUUAUGUUUCAGAUUGAUGCCCACAUGGACAUCAACACUCCAUCAACAUCUCUCUCUGGCAAUAUUCAUGGAAUGCCUUUGUCUUUUUUGAUCAAAGGUGUCCCAGAGGUAAAAUAUAGAUUUAGCCAGGGGCUAUAAAAGUGAAGCUUUGGUUAAUAAUACUUAUAUCUAAACAAAAAAAAUUAAAUCAUGUAAUGCUAAACGGGGACGGCAAUGAAAAUGGCGUCAAGAUAAAUAGAUCUAAUUAGCAAAAAAACAAAUUGCACGUGCAGCACACUUUUUUUUUCUAAUAAGCAAACAACAGAUUUGCACAUGCAACACACUUUUUGUCUUUCUUUGCCAUUGUUUUCCCCAACUACAACGCUGUUUUGUAGGACUAAAACGUCAAACUUCCUAGUUACAUGUUAUUAUUAUGGAGGAAUUGUCGUAUGUGCUUACCCAAUAUUUUGUCUCCUGUGUUCAUUUUCACUUUUAUUUUUCACUGCCACUCAUUUUCACCUUGCUGGCCGGCCGCUCCUUGCUGGCCACUAGCAUCUCUCAUUAUCUCACCGCCACUUUGAAUUUUCAUGUUUUCUUCCUACAAAGUUCGCCUCUUUUGUUUUCAAUCACUCGCUCUAGCUCUUUCUUUGUUAUCCACAUGAGUGUAAACAUAAAAAAUAGCAUCGAAAAAGACACAACUUUUCUUUGUUUUUUCUUUCUAAAGUCCAGGCGCACCGGGCCAUGCGAUUUCUUUCCAAAUAAAACCUUGAGUUGCAUUUCGGUUGCCAUACCUAUUGAUUGAAUUAUUUUCCACUGGUAUACCUGUGGUGCGAACAGACUCUCAGGCAGUCGGUCGGUCGGUGUAUGGUCACAUGAUCACCAAAUUUUCUUGGAUGGGUAGUUUACCACAUUGUCUUACCCUUGGUGCUCUGCUGCACGCACUUCACGUGUAAUAGGCUUGGGCAGAAAAUGCAUUGUUCCCCACCAUACUGUUAUGAAGUAUUAUUUGUUUGUGAAUAUUCAAAUAUUGUCCAGUCGGUGGACAGCUCUUAUUAUUCUUAAAAAAGUUAAAUUCAGCCCCCCUCACAGAAAAGUAGGGGAAUGUGUAGUACAUGUACUUCUAUACAUGUACAUGGUAAAAUGCAAUCAGAAGUUACAAGACAGUGAUUUUAUAAGUGACAGGGCAGUCACCAAAAUUCUAUCAUGAUCCUUCAAUUACUUUAGAAUUUCCUCUCUACAAAUUAGGUCAUGUAGUUGAAUAGCCUUUGGCUAUUGUUGUGGUUGGAAUCCUUUCAUUCCCAAUUAAAGUGGCUAAUGAAAAAAUUCACAGAAAUUCCAAGUUCCUAUAAUUUGUACAAAAUUCUAAGAAAUUAAAGAAGCAGAAGCAUCAUGUAAAGUUCUGCCCUAGAGGUUUUAUUUGAAUGUAACAUUUUAGUAAAUAUUUGUUUUACUCAAUCAUUCUGUGGUAACUUAACUGGAUCUAAGGGGUUGAUAAGUUUUUUUCUUUCUUUCUUUUUCAUGAAAAAAAUUGCAUUUGAUUUUGAUGUUGAACGUUUUAUUUUUUAGUUUGCUCAACCUCCUGGAUAUGAGUGGUGCUCACCAUGGUAAGUGUGUAAUUUAUAAAUAUUUGGGAUUUAACAUUUUUGUUUGUUCAAGAUAAAUACCUCCCAAGAUUGAUCAUAUUUUGCCCACAGACAAGAGUCAGAGGCUAUGCUCUGCUUUGAAGGUCAACAACUGAUGUCACACUGAGUUUGUUCAGGUGCAGACAUUAUUUAAUUAAGCCUGACACACUUAUUUUGUACAUGUGUCUAUAGUUUGUCUCCAAAAGAUGUUGCAUAUAUUGGACUUAGAGAUAUUGAACCACAAGAAAGGUAAGUGUUUUUUUUAUUAUUAUUAGCGACACAAGGAGAUGAUUUUCUGACUUUUAGUGAAAAUGAUUUUCACUUACAGUAAAAGCAUGUGUUGGUUAUAUUGGAGGCCAGGGUGGGAGUACUCAGAUCAAGGAAGUAUUUUACACGGAGGGUUUAACCGAUGUCCAACCCCCUACCCUUUUAUAUACCAUUUUUGACAGAAAUGAUGCCCCUUUUAUAUACCUUCUUCUGAAAAAUGGACCUACCCCUUUCAUGUACCUUGUUUAGAGCACUCAUGCAUCCCUUUUAACUGCUGUAAAUUCACCAUCCUUUUGAAUAUAAAUAAAUCACUAAACCAGGACAUUUUCUUGUCUCCGUCACGUCCAUAAAAUGCUUCUGUUAGCCCUUUUCAGUCCUUUUAUAAACGCAACAUGACAGAUUUCCCUAUUCUUUCAUACCUCAACUAAUGAAAUCCCUACCCUUUCAUAUACCUGAAGCCUGAAAAAGGGACUUCUUUCAGGCGUAGCCUCACCAUAUUACAGGCCAAUUUAGAGAGUACCCCCCACCCCCCAGAGGAGGGGUUUUUUACCACUUUAAAAUACAUGUAUGGCAGACUUGCAAGUCUCACGACUUUGUUAUGAGUCUCACGAUCUCACUAGUCACUGUAACUUGACUGCAGGGAGAUAUGUGAUGAGCUUGGAAUUGCAGCAUAUACCAUUGAUGACAUUGAUAAAGUUGGAAUUGGAGAAGUAAUCCAAAAGGCACUUGAAACCAUAAAUCCAAGGUAGAAGAUAUGAUAAUGAUCUAAUUAUGAUGAUAAAGUUUUAAUUUUAUAGCCAACCCGUGAUAAAUGUUGUUCAAGCAGGCACAUUGUCAAUGGUUUUGUAACCUACUGAAAGGAAAAGUACUACCUCUACCUCUGGACAGUCCUAAAAAAUAAAGCAUCUGAUCCAUUAACAAUAUUUUUAAUUUUGCUGUAGGGGUGAUCGUCCCAUUCAUGUCAGUUAUGAUAUUGAUUCAUUGGAUCCAAAGGAGGCCCCAAGCACAGGGACACCAGGUUAGAUGCCCUUGGCAAUGCAGGGUGUAGCACAGUAAAAUAUAACCCAGUUGAGCUGUCAUAUAUGCUUUGGCACUGUUUAUUAAUCUACUGUUCUAACAUUCCGAAUGUUUCCUCUGUUUUUAGUGAAAGGAGGCUUGACAUUGGAUGAAGGAAUUUACAUCGCUCAAAUGGUGGCUGAAACAGGUUUGUUUACACUGAAUAACAAUUUCAAGUGUAAAUAAGCAAAAAUGCACCUAUGUUGAUUCUUUCUUUCUUACUUUGUUGGCUUGUUUGUUUUUUCUUUCCAGGUUAACACAAUCCUUUUACAACAGCAAUUUUUGAUACCAUUAAUUUGACCAGAAAUUCUUUGAAAAUUCCAUUGAACACUCGCUAGCAAUGAUAAAUUGUUUGAAUUUUAAAAGUCGCAGAACUUGGCUAUCAUUGUUUAUUUCAUAGUUAUCAACUCUGCAUAACUUUUACAGUCAAGGCAGGUCAAGGGUACCCCCAAAGAUUCUAAUAAUGAAUUGAUUAUUUGAGAAAUGAAUCCGUUAGUUGUUCCCGUUACUAGUGUCAAAUUCAAAUCGGCAUUCCUGUGUAAUGAGCUGUGAAUAUUUUACGAGAACUUCUCUGUACCUGGUCAGAUUGUAAAUCUUUGAAUGGUUAAAAUUGCUUUGAAGACAUUUACAUCAAGCUCUGGAAAAAUGAGCUGGUAGAUAUUUAAUUAACUCCCUUGCGUGUGAAUUCACGGCUUAUUACACGUGCAAAAUGAAGAUAGGAAUCUGAAAUUUUUUACUACCAACGGAUUCAACUUUUGAAUAAUAAAUUCAUUGAUGGAAUCUUGGGGGGGGGGGUACGCUUGACCUGGCUUGACUGUAAAUAAAAUGAUUAGCAGCAGGGUACCGAUCUCCAUGCUGAAGGCUGUCAUACUAAUUUAUCUGUUAUUUCUGCCGUAUUGCAGGGUGCCUCUCUGCCAUAGACAUGGUGGAAUUUAAUCCAGCAAUAGGAAGUGAGGAAGAAGUGACAAGAACUGCCAUGAAUACAAUGGAACUGAUUAACAUAUUACUCGGCAAGAAAAGUCACCUCACAGAGGCUCCAUUGCCUCCUGUGGAUGAAAACAAAGUUGAUGUCAAUAAUGGAGUUGUAAAUUAAUCUUUAGCAAAAGU